GCUCUCUCUUCCCGAGUUGUAUUGCAUUGGCACUUCACCAGGAGAGCUGGACGGAAGCUUACACACACAGAGAGAGAGAGAGAGAGAGAGAGAGAGAGCCAUGUCCGACUUCCUUCCCGAAGACGUCGUGGUGCAUAUCCUCUCCAGACUCCCAACCAAAUCCCUAAUCCGAUUCAGGUCUGUUUCCAAACUCUGGAACUCUCUCAUUACCAGCCCUAACUUCAUCAAUUCCCAGUCACUCACAAACCCUAAAAACAGCUACGACAAUCUCCCUCUCCUAAAACUCAGGCAAUGCAUUGUCGAUGACGAAUUGUUCGAGCACUACAAACUAGUAUUUAUUGAUACCCGUGACGGAGAUAAUACAUUUGAUGAGUAUCUAGAAAUCCCAUUCCCUUUCAACAUCAGACGCCAUCACAUUUACGAUCUAGUGGGUUACGUGAAAGGUUUGUUCUGUUUUUUCGAACCUGAUAACUCUUUCCUUUGGAACCCGUCCAUUGGAGAGUCCAUAAGCCUUCCCAAGCCUGGCAUUACAAAAAGCGGCUCCUUGUGGAAAUAUGUAGGGUUUGGAUUUGAUUCACGGACAAACGAUUAUAAGGUGGUUAUAAUUACAAGCCUUUGUGGAACUAAACCGUCUGAAGUGGUGGAUAUUCAUGUUUACUCCCUUAAUGCAGGCUCGUGGAAAGUUAGUAAUGGGGCGGGUGACUCUUUUCCCCUUGGAUUUAGACCGCAGAUGUCAGGAAGCCCUUCCGCUUGUUUAGAAGGGGCUAUUCAUUUUGUUAUUUUUGCAGCAAAGUAUAGAGGAAAUAGGAGUGCUAGAUUGAUUUGUUCCUUUGAUUUGGGUGAUGAGGUGUUUAGGACGAUAUCACUGCCUGGUGUUUUUAGCGAUGCGAUGACCGAAAUCAAAACCAUAGUAUUCAGGGGAUUGCUUUCUGUUUUUUGCCACGAUCCAAACAAGUUUUGUUCUAUUUGGAUAAUGAAAGAGUAUGGCCUAGUUGAUUCUUGGUAUAAGUAUGUCAAAGUUGAUCUAAUCGGUGGAAUUAAACGGGUUCUAGGUAUCAGAAAGAAUGGUCAUAUAUUACUGGAGGGAGAUGGGCCACGGCGCGGGGGGAAAAGAAGAAGAGAUGUGCCUCGGCAUUGGGAGCUUUCUUCAUAUGACCCGUGGAAUAAAGAAAUCACGAAGUUAGGAAUUCAUGGGAUUCUAGGACUUUUUCAUGUUGAUAUCUUUGAGGAGAACCUUAUCUUACUCGAUAAAACAGAUGUUCCGGUUUCUGGAAGGGGAGGGAGCAGGAAGAGAAAGGACAUGCAAAGCCAACAUUAAACUCAAGUUUCGUCAUUUCUUCUAUCAACAUACAAAUCUUAAGAGGUAUCCCAUCCGUAUCUUAAGAUACGUAUGUAACGUAUCCCAUAUUGAAACUUUGAUGUAUCCUACGAUUGAUAUGUUUUCUCAUUUUAGACAUUUUGUUAUGUAUAAAAAGCAGAUCUUAAUGCUAAUCACUCUGAUUGUCAUCCUAAGUUCUAAACCUCAGUCUUUAUCAGAUUAUUCAUAUUAAGUCUCAGCUGUUGAAAUGCA